CAGCAGGGGUACCGGGAGAGAGUGUUGGUUCCGUUGCUGCGGAAGGAGAAGGAGUUGCUACUACAUCAAUUGCAGAAACGAGAGUAGAAGAGGCGAAAGCUGCAGAGGUGGCACAGGAUGAGGCACGGGAAGAAGCGAAAGCAGAAACAAGAACGUCAGCAGAGCACUCCUCCGACACAGACCAACUACAACAGAGUCAACCACCAGAAAAUUCCUCAGAAAAAGGUGUAGAUAUUGAGGAAGCAGCAGAGACUGCCACAGCCCCUCCUGUUGUUUCUUCCAGUACAGUAGCAGAGAAUAAAGAAC